UUAGCACAACUCUCAAACCGGCCACCUCCUCUCCCAACUUUUCUAACCUACGCCCCCUCUUCCGCCUCUUUUAUCAUCCUUAACACCACCGCUCUCUCUCCCAACCCUAAUUUCUCCUUUUCCGCCGCCAUGUCAACCCCCGAUGACGAAUCUCCCGCCGCCACCGCCAUCGAUCCUUCCACCGCCGUCACCGUCGCGACCACCACGACAAGGAGAGUCCCUCCUCCGUGCUGGACCGACGAGGAGACCGCCGCACUCGUCGACGCCUACAAAGACAAGUGGUUCGCUCUCCGCCGUGGGAACCUCCGCGCGGCUGACUGGGACGACGUCGCGGCGUCGCUGCCUACGCUGGGAGGGCCGGCGAAAACGGCCAUCCAGUGCCGGCACAAGAUCGAGAAGCUCCGGAAACGUUACCGCGGCGAGAAGCAGCGGUCUCUCAACAAACCAGGCAAGUUCUCUUCCUCGUGGGAUUUGUUUCCUGUUUUGGACGCGAUGGAGUUCGCGUCGGUGGCGGCUUCCCCCGCUGUCGAAACGUACGAUCAGGAUGUGGAUCGCGAGGACGAGAUCAACGGUGUGGAUGGAUUUAGGGUUAGAUCGAAGAGAUCCUUGAUGAUUACGCCUCGAGAUGAGUUUGGGGUUAGAUCUAGGGUUAAAAUGUGCGGUGGUUUUGAUUCAGAUCACGAUUCCGGAGGUGGUUACGGAUUGAAAAGGAGAUACAAUGCUGAUUCUGAUGAUGAGAUUUUGUUAGCUCCCAAGGCAACUAGGCUUAGGGGUUCUCAUGGGAAGCUUUCUUCAGGAGAGUUUAGCCACGGCGGUGGGUUUCCGUUGAAGUCUUAUGGUGAUCGGAGUUUCGCUUCUCAUGGGCUUAAGCCCAAGAACUUCAGUAACAAGUUCUCUCCAGAGAUGGAUUAUGAUGAUGAUGAGAGGGAAGGAUUCGAACCGAGAAUCCAUAACUCUAGGAGCUCUUCGCGAGUCAACGGUUAUAGCAAUCCUCGUGUCUCCAGUGGAUAUGGAUCGUCUUCUAGGUCGAAGCACGAGGAGAUGAAUGAGCCUGACCCGAUUAAUGAAGUUGUGUCUUCGGUGAAGAUGUUGACGGAGAUGUUUGUGAGGGUGGAGAAGUCGAAGAUGGAGAUGAUGAGGGAGAUGGAGAAGACGAGGAUGGAGAUGGAGCUGAAGCAUUGUCAGAUGAUGCUUGAGUCGCAGCAGCAGAUCAUUGGCGCGUUUACUGAAGCAUUGAGUGAGAAGAAGAGCACAACAAGCGCAAGGAGGUAGUUUCUUUAUCAACGGGAACGAACCAAAUAUGGAUGGUAUAAUUAAUGUGGUCAAAUAGCUUUUCAGUGUAGUAGUACCAUGUGUCCAGACCUCUUCCAGUUACUUUGAACAAAAACGCAAAAACGUGCAGUGAAAUUUUAUGCUAGUAAUGACCAUUUUUAAAAAUAAUUUAUGCUAAUAGAUAACAUUCCUGUUGAUCAUUUGAUAACCAAUCGCCUUUGC